UUGAGUUUGCAGUGGAUGGAGCUCGAUGUUUGCAUGAAUGGUGCUUGCAAGAAUGGCUAUGCGAGAGAGUGGAAGAAAGGGUGGCCUCUGCGAUCGGGUGGAUUCGCUAGGCUCUGCGAUAAGUGCGGAUCUGCAUAUGCCAAUUCAAUUUUCUGUGAAAAAUUCCACCUGCAUCAAACUGGUUGGAGAGAGUGCAACUUUUGCAACAAGUCUAUCCACUGUGGAUGCAUAAUAUCAAGGUUUUCUUUUGAGUACCUCGAUUUUGGAGGUAUAGGUUGCUCAACCUGUUUGAGGGCUUCUCCAUUUCCUUUGAUACAGGAGACUGGAAACUCUAUUAGGUCUAUUAGAUCAGUAAAAAAUCAUGCUAGUGAUCGUCAUACAGAACAUAUUGAUGAUAGGCUAUUCCUUGAUGGUUCUAGCAAACGAAAACCUAUGCACAUGCGUAGAAUUGUGGAUGGUAGAGAAUCCAGCCGUUGGCCUCAAGUUAAGAGAGAUGACAUACAUUCCUGUAUUGAUCUAAGCAGAGAAGAAAUGAGAUUUUCAAAUGUGAUGAAACCGUCUAAUCAUUCAUUAAAGUUUACUGCAUUAGAAAAUAACAGACCAACAUGGGAGAAUAGAAGUAUGCACAGAUCAAGUUCAUUGAAUAUUUCUCUGGGAGCCUCAUCAGGAAACCCUGUGCUACCUUCUGCUUCAGCGGUUGCAGCAGAAGGGAGAUUUGAUGGUAAAACAUCAUCUUCUUCCUUUCAUCAAGGGCAAAGAUCUCUCUCCAUUAUGCCUAAACCAUUGAUGAAUGCAAUAAACAUAAAUAUGGAAUCAAGCAAUGGAAUGAUUUCUCAAGAGCGUGUUGCACGGCCACCUACUGAUGGGAAAGGCAAGAAUAUGUUACUUUCUCGAUACUGGCCAAGGAUUACAGACCAAGAGCUUCAGCAAUUAUCCGGAGAUUUGAAGUCUACUAUAGUGCCUUUAUUUGAGAAGGUACUGAGUGCCAGUGAUGCAGGUCGAAUUGGUCGUCUUGUUCUGCCAAAAUCAUGCGCUGAGGCUUACUUUCCUCCUAUUUCACAAUCAGAAGGUCUUCCUUUGCAUAUGAAAGAUGUGAAGGGAAAUGAGUGGACAUUUCAGUUUAGAUUUUGGCCUAAUAACAACAGUAGGAUGUAUGUAUUAGAGGGAGUAACCCCAUGCAUACAGGCCUUGCAAUUAAAUGCUGGCGACAUUGUGAUAUUUAGUCGAAUAGAUCCUGGAGGCAAAUUUGUUUUGGGUUUUAGAAGGGCAUCAGAUUCUACAGAUACACAGGUUGAUGCUUCUGCCGCUCAUUCCAAUGUUUUAUCGACAAAGGAAACAACCAUUUCUGGUGCAACUGCUGGAAAUAGUUAUCAUGAUCUUCUCCAGGCAAGGAAAGGGAAUGGUGAUCCUUACUUAAAUAAAUGUUCAGAGCAUUUCCGUUUGGGUACUGCUGGCAUUGCUGAGCCUCUUCGAACUGAAAAUUCUGAGAUUGUAAACAAAGAUUUGGUGCAACUACCAAUUUCAGUUUCAGAGAAGACUCAAAAUAUUGGACCUAUGUGCAAGAGGUUGCUCAUACACAACGAAGAUGCCAAGGAGUUGAGAGUUACAUGGGAAGAAGCUCAGGACUUUCUUUGUCCAGCGCCUAGUAUUAAGUCCAAUAUUGUAACAAUUGAGGACCAAGAAUUUGAGGAAUAUGAGGAACCCCCGGUCUUUGGGAAGAGAACUACAAUAAAUGCUCGUUCAUCUGGGUCUUUGAGCUUUGCAUCAGAGGAAAUGAGUCCAAAGGAAUUAGAUAAUAUUCCAGUUAUCAGAAAAGGAGUUUUGGAAGAUGAUGUUGCUGACCGUGGUGAUUCAUCAGCUGGAGCCACCACCAAAUAUCCAAGGCACCGUUCAGGAUGCACUUGCAUUGUGUGCAUUCAAGCCUCAAGUGGAAAAGGGAGACAUAGCCCUCCCUGCAUCACCGUGGAACGCCGUUUGGACACCCUUCUGACGCGUAAGAAGCAACGCCUUGGUACCCAGAAAGAUGAAGAUGAAGGAGAUGGUGCAUGUCUCUCUGAGAAAGAGGGAAACAUAAACAAAGGUUGUCUUAAGAAGGGUGAACUCAGUGCAGGACAGAUAGACCUGAAUUGUCGUCCCAAUCUCGAUGAAGACAUGCAAGUGGAUAUAUGA